AUGCCGAGAGGGCCUACGCUCGCGUGCGGGGCGCCGCCCCGGGCUGGCGCUGCGUCCCGGGCUCCGCUGUGCGGCGAGGGCGCGCGGUCAUACGUCGGCGAGCGACUCAAAUAUUGCGUAAAUCGGUUUGAAGUGGCACUCGAGGCGAGAGCGCCCGGCGACCCAUUGAUGACAAAGAACCGGAACACGCAGAGAUCGGACGCGAUUGGACAAAACAUUACAGAA